UCGCCCCUCGCAUCGUGGUGGACCCCAAGCCCACGACCACCGACAUCGGCUCGGAUGUGACGCUGACGUGCGUGUGGGCCGGCAACCCCCCGCUGACCCUCACCUGGACCAAAAAGGAAUCCAACAUGGUGCUGAGCAACAGCAACCAACUCUACCUGAAGUCGGUGACGCAGGCCGACGCCGGGCAGUACAUCUGCAAAGCCAUCGUGCCCAGGAUCGGCGUGGGCGAGCGGGAGGUCGCCCUCUUUGUCAAUG